GACAAGCAUCAAAUCAUCAGAAGAGCUGAAAUCUGUAAAGACUGAGUUUAUUAAAGAGGACAGAGAGAAGAUGAGCGAUCCAGAACCUUGCAGAAUCAAACACACUGAAGAUACUCAAGAACAAACAGGCCUCAUAGAAGGGAACGAGGAGAGUGAAGAACUGAGUGAAGUGGAGGAGGAACAUCAUGACAAACCCGGAGAAAAACCUUUGAGUCGCUCAGAGACUAAAAAUACAUUUUUAAAGACAAGAAGAGGCAAUAAAUCUUUCACCUGCACUCAGUGUGGAAAGAGUUUGAAAACCAAACGUAUUCUUAAGAUUCACAUGAGUGUUCACACCGAGGAGAAACCAUUCACCUGUGAUCAGUGCGGGAAGAGCUUCACACAGAAAGAGCAACUUAAAGGGCACAUGAGGAUCCACACUGGAGAGAAACCAUUCAAAUGUCAUGAAUGCCGUGAGAGAUUUUUUAGUAAAUCCCAUCUUGAACGUCACGUGAGGUCACACUGGAGAGAAACCAUUCACAUGUGA